AUGUCGUCGCAGACGCAGAAGAAUGUGUUGCUGAUGCUCCGCCAGGCGCGGGCAAAGCCCCGGAACGCCAACAUCACGAAGACCUGCGGCCCGCCAGCUCCGGUUACCUCGGUGGCCGCCCUGCCCAUGUUGUAUGAGUUGGAGCAUGGCCCGCCUCCGGCAGCCGCGCCCGCCCCAACCGCGACCCUGCCCGUUAGGACUGCUGCCACAAAAACGAGUGCCACGACUACCACAAAACCUACUGCCACAAAGGCCAACGCCAGCAACACGAACACUAGCACCACGAGGGCUAAUGCCACCACUAAUACCACGAAGGCUAGUGUCACGAAGACCGGUGCCACGAAGACCACUGGUACUGGUAAUGGUACAAAAACCAACGGCACGAGAUAA